UGCUUUUCUCCAAACUAUGUUCUGCAACAGAUCCGGGUUUAUCAAAGUACUCCUCAUAAAUAAUCAUGGAUAAAAAGCUUGAGCAGUAGUAGAACUUACCGUGAAUUUUUGCUCUUAAUAGUGAUUUCAUAACUAUAACACUAGAAAUAAGAGAUUGCUUGUAACUAAUUCUAGUAGGUUCAUAAGAUACAUAAUAGCUUCAAGGGUAAAUGUAUACACUUCUAUAAUAAAGUCCCAGCCACUGUUCAGGCAUUAUCUAUAAAUAAAUUUAAAUGUUUCAUAAAAAAAUGGCUCUGUCGUAAAUCCUAUUACUCCACUGCUGAAUAUCUAAAUGAUCGGACAGCCUGGGACUAGAUUGUGAUUAUUUAUAGCGAUAGAAAUGACUGUACAAUAUUGUAUAUUUUUAUUGAAAAGAGUGCAAAAAAAGAAUGCUGGAAGAGUUUCUUGCGCCGCUUCUUCUCUCUCAGAGCGUCAUUGUUUCCGAAGCGGUAGUAGUAUCUAGUAGUUAUUAGAAAUGACAUCAAAAAGAAUUCUAAAGGAAUCAAUUUUGAGAAAAUAAAUGCCUUUUUAUGCCUUUUUAUGUAAUGUUUAUUAUAAGCGUAAUGCUAGCUUAAUUUGCGUUUCUCGUGGCAGCACCGCGGACGACCUUCCCGUCAUGCGUACGGGCGCAACUUGUGGUACCUGGUUGACCCUGCCAUCGAAAACUCUGCUUUGUAUGUUGUCAAUAAAAAGCUAAAAGUUAUAAUAUUUUUAAUAACUGUUUAAUUUAUUGUUGUAAUAUAUCUUAUUAUAAUAAUAAAGCCAGAUUCAAACUUUAGAUUUUGCAUCUCAGAAAUGGUUUAUUUCACGACCAGUUGUACGCACGCGGAGGCUUACAACAAUAUGUAAAUUGAAAUUUUGUUUACGGGGACAAAAAAAAUUAAAUUGCGACCUCUUUAAGUAUGAACUAUGAAUCUCGGUUUUUACUAGCGGUAAGAUUUUUGUCGAUAAGUUUUAUUGUACUUCCAGUAGGAAAAUAAUCUCAUAGGAUAUCAGAAAUUUUGCGUGGACGAAGUUGCGGGCAACUGCUAGUUAUAUUAAAUUUAAAAUAAAAUAACUUAUUAGAGCACCCAUAAAUAUAUAAUUACAUAUCUAUAAUCUAUUUUCAUAGUCCUAAGAAGCGCACUUUAGAUAAACGUCUCACAUACAGAUCAUUACAUAGUAUUUUAUUUCAUGGUGUGUGGUGUGGUGCUAAAUUUCCGUGGCAUAAAUUAGGUCUAAACUAAACUAUCGAAAACCUUCCCAGAGCCCUGGUUCCCUUAUGAUUGGCGCAGGUAUACCUGUCGUUAUUUAAGGGCCCUUUCAGCCUAGGAUUGUGUUUGCACCUUCUUUUUUGAAAAGCCUUUAGAAAUAUAUAUAAAUGUUAAUGUUUACCUAUAUCCGUUCAGCGUGGAACAAUGAAUCAUUGGCAUGGCUUGAUCACCAUUGAAUUAGUUGGUAUCGAUUUAUAUGAAACAAGAACUGUCUGUCCCUCAGUCUGUUACUCCACGCGCCGCGAGCGCACGCCUUCUACAAUGUCUUACAUUAUAUUAAUCGUUGCGUGCGCCGCACUAUGUGCGGGCGCCGAUGUCAAUAACAACACUGAUAUAGAUCACCAAGUAUUGAAACGGCUUGUUUCUAUUUUAAAUGAUAGCAAAAAUCUCGACCUUAAAGAUGUAGGUAGGUUACUAAAGACCGCUCAGAGUCUCGGCAUAAAUGAAGAGUUGGUUGAAAGGCUAUUGGAAAACACAAAAAAUCAGACGAAAGAUAGAGUUAUCCGAAAAGAGAUGGGUUAUAAUUCGUAUGCGGAUGCAGACGGGAGUGGGCCUAAGGAAUCGCCGGACUAUGCGUCUUCCGUGGUGCUUGCAAGUGAUCUCUUGUCGUUGACGAGUGCUGUCAGUAAUGUUGCUAACGAAGUGUGCAGAGAGCAAGGAUAUAAGUUCCUGGAUGGACUGUUGUCUAACAAGAGAUGGGCAUUAAAAAUGUUUGAUGCUUCUGCAAAGUCACCUCAGGGAUUGCUGUUUGGGUCAUCCUACCACCUGGGAAACUUCGACGAAUGUAUGGACAUUGAUGGCACUGGUGACGCCAUGGACGUAGUGGGACAGUACUGCUUAGCAACUAUCAAAUGGCGGGAGGGUGAAGAAAAUAAAAAGAUACGAACUGGUCGCGGCGAGAGUCUCCGCUGGGCUGUGUGUGUACCGAGCGCUUGUGACUCGCGCUCUGUCGCUAGAUUUGUGGGCGGUGUUCUGUCUCACUCAGUCGGGAAUACGACGAGAGUUGAAGUGACAGAGAAAGACUGCUUUACCCGACAGCCGAUAUCUAUCAGCAAGCUUGAUAUUGGUUUUCUAGCCCUAAUGAUAUUAUUUGGCGUUAUGCUCACAUUCACAACGUCGUAUGAAAUCUAUUCGCUACGUUGGGGCAACAACAAAAUCAGUGCAACACACGAUUUGAUUAUAUCUUUCUCAGUUAUCAAUAACGUCAAGAAGAUACUCUCAACAAAACAGAACAAUGGUCUGGGCCUCGAGUGUAUAGCCGGAAUCAAGGCCUUGGCGAUGAUUUUUAUAAUUGCUGGUCAUGCGUGCCUUUUUAUUGGUAGCGGGCCUGUCAUGGACGCUAAGGCUUGGGAUCGGCUUAUUCAAGAACCAACAAAUGCAUUUAUGUUGAGUAAUUCACUGCUUGUGGAUACAUUUCUGUUCCUGAGUGCAUUUUUAUUUAGUCGACUCUUGCUCAUAGAGUUAGAUAAAAGAAGAGGAAGACUCAAUGUACUGCCUAUUUUAAUAUUUCGUUAUAUCAGGGUGACUCCUGCUUAUUUCGUGGUGAUAUUUUUCUAUAUGACAUGGUUGCCAAAAUUGGGAGAAGGACCUCUAUGGAAAGAUAGGCUGCAGCUCGAGCAAGAAAGAUGCAUGGACUCUUGGUGGACUAACCUUUUAUACGUCAACAAUUAUGUUAGAACUGAUCGCUUGUGUAUGUUCCAAUCAUGGUAUUUAUCAGUGGAUACGCAGAUGUUUUUUGUUGCACCAUUAUUUAUAUACGCCUUGUGGCAUUGGAGGAGGUUUGGAGCUGUAUUUACUGCAAUCGCUACAAUAAUCUCUCUAGUAAUACCUUCUGUUAUCACAUUCAGAAAUCAUUUGGAUCCGACAAUUUUGUAUUAUGCAAAGGAGUUCACAGAUUUUGCGAAAAACUCAUAUUUCGUCGAAGCUUAUAUGCCGACCCAUAUGAAAAUGACUCCAUAUUUCAUGGGAAUCCUCACCGGCUAUAUAUUACACAGAAUACAGUCGGAAAAUUACACGUUUUCAAACAUCCUUAAAAUAUUUGGUUGGUCUACAAGUAUAAUAUUGGGGACAGUAACAACAUUUUCAGUUAGUUUAUUCUACCAGGACUGGUACCAGUACAGCGCUUGGGAAGCCUCUGCGUAUAUAUCUCUGCAUAAAUUUGCUUGGAGUAUUGCAACUGGGUGGCUCAUCAUUGCGUGUGCUACAGGAAAUGGAGGUAUACUAGGAAAGCUUUUGAGUUGGAGAUUUUUAGUGCCGAUAGCAAAGUUAACAUUUUGCGCUUACCUUGUGAACGGUAUAAUCGAAUUGUACUACGUCGGUCAGUUGAGACAUCCGCUCCACAUUACCUUCUUUACUAUUGCUGCAAAUGCGAUUUCACACUUGUUUUUGACCUUUUUCCUUGCCAUGAUACUGUGCGUUGGAUUUGAAUCACCGCUGCACGGAAUUGAAAAAAUACUUCUGCGAAUGUUAGCUCGCCCAGUGCUAAGUGACAACGCGCAAAGAACGAGUUCUGACGAACUCUCACGUAAUACUAGUCAAAGUAAACUAGAUACAUAAGACUAGUUUUAUAGUGUUAAGUGUAUUCAAUGAUAUCUGACCCGGAGGUCCAUGUAUUAUUAUAUCUACACUACUAAAAGAAAUGAUGGAUCCAUUUUGUAGUGUCGUAGUUUAUGUAACAGUUCCCGAAGCGGUGCGUCAUUGAUUUAAGGAUCGCUUUCAAUAACUUUGACGCACUAGAUGCCUGUCUUAAAUUAAAUGGUAAAUACUAGCUUAAAGGACCACAAUUGUCAAGAUAAAACCAAGAGCUCAGUAAUUAUCACAAAUAUUUCAAUUCUGUCAAAUGACUGAUGUAUUCAGGUACAAAAAACCUUAACGGGUGUAGCGAAAUCUUCAUACACAAGAACCGUAAAUUUGUGGUCAAAGGUAGAACAAAACCGAGUAUAUAGCUCUCUAUGCACUUAAAUGGUUAAAAAUUUUACUGUAGAAAUGCUGACCAGUGCCAUUUGAUGCAUUGCUUUGUCAAAUCAAAUCAAAAACAAACUUGUAAAAAAUCAAAUCAAAAUAAGCACAAAACUUUGCUUUCUUAACAUUCAGGGUUAAAUUUUGAUUGUAAUUAUUUAAAAUAAUCGGAUUCAGUCAUUUUAUUUAAUACAAUAUUGUGGUUAUUAUAUAGAAGGCAUUACAAUAUGAAAUAAGCGAUACAUAUUUGAGUCCCGGGAUUCAUGUCUGACCAUUUCAUAUGCUGAUAUUUUGAGACUGUACUGUCAAUAGCGUUAUUAUUAUAGUAUUUAUUAUAAUAGAUAAAAUAUAAUAUACUUAUUAUUAUUAUUGAAGUAAAUAGUAUUAAAGUACCUAUAAAAGAAAGAUUCCAUUACAUAUAAUCUAAACACAAAACUAGAAAUUAAUAAGCCAGUUUUUAUUUUUACGACGAGUGAAAUUAAUUAGAACUUGUGGGGUAAUAGAUUUUUUGUUUCAUUAAUUAUUAAAGUAGUAAUGUGCUUUAUUAAUCCAUGCUCUGUGUUUUGGUUUAUAUAUACUCAAUGUUAUAAUCUGCUGAUAUAUUAUUAUAAAAAACUUUGUACACGCUCGAAGCCACUCUAAUUUCAUUUUAUGUAUCACUGAAAAUUGCUUACUCAAUAUCUAUUUUGAAGUUGAGCCGUACAAAAUGUAUUAUUCAGAUUUUUUUUUGUGACAGUUAGAAAAAAAUGGAGUAUACUUACAAAAAUCUGAAUUAAAUUGAUUAGCACUUAGUGCUUAUAAAAAUCAUUGUUUCCUUAAACUUUAAUAUGUAUUGAAGAUAUCACAAUAUUUUUUUUGAUGAUAGCCAAGCCAUGUCUAAGAAAUAAAUCUUGAAGACUUAAUUGAUAUCUUUCCGUAGUUAGUUUUUCAACCAAUAAAUGAAAACCUAUUACCUAUACCGAAAAACAAUUUAAUUAUAUAUUUUAUUUAUACACAUUAAAAUUUAUUCAAAAUGUUCAACUCCGUUGGCAUGCUUAGAAUUAAUUAAAUAAGAACAAAAAUAUAAACAUAUAGAAAUACUGUACCUAUAAGAAAAUAUAAUAUGUCUUUUAAAAUAAACAUAUCAACUUACUGUGUAAUUAUAAAUGAAAAGAUUUUUUCCAUAUUAUUUACAAGUUAAAAGUUACCAUAUAUACCUCUAAUUACAGAUAGGUUUUUGCUUUACAAGGAUGUGAUUUUUCACAUCUUAUUUUAUUUUGAAAUGACUUUCUGGUAAUUUUGUAAUUUCAGUCCUAGAUAAUAAUAUGUAUUACCUAUUUAGUAUUAUAUCGUAUUAAAUAUAUACCAUUGUAAAUUUAUUGAAGUAGGCAUUACUUUGCAGAAAUCCAUAAUUAUAUAAAUGAUUUGAGUUCUAUUUAGUGUUAAUUCUGCCAAUAUUUGUUUUUAGUCCCAUCACCUUUGUUACGUAUCUCUUCCGGGGGUAAUACGUCACAGCAGCCGACCAAUCACAGCGCGUCACUUCGUCGACGAGGGUAUAAAACAGCGGCUUCCGGCUCAUUUGAUUCAGUCUCUUGCCAGAUUUUGGCGAGACAACACGUCCUGAGGAUGCCUUGUGUAGAGGCGAAAUACGUGUCGAAUUGUUUAAAGACAAAUAUUGGCCUAAUUAACACUACAUAAAACUCAAAUCAUUUAUAUAUACCAUUAUUCUGCAUCCAUAGUGGAGCUAUGCCUAGUUUGGGGCAAGAUAAUUUGUGUAAAAAUGUAUCAAUAAAAGAAAAUGGUUUUGAGGCCUUUUACGAGAAGUGUUAUAAAUGUAGAUUAAUACUCAGUAAUAAGCUGUGUGCCGAGUAUUAUACUAAUAUUAAGUAAAACCUAUUUAGAAAUAUUUUGUAAAGUUAAUUUUAAAUAAACUAAUUAGUUAAAGUGGGAUCCUAUAGUAAACGUAGAAUAUUCAGAUUCAAAAAUUAAACAAUUUUGCUUUUAAUACUUUCUUUACCAUUCGCGUAAAUCGUUCUAUGUUGUAACAACAUUGUCUCGUAGAGUAUGUAAAUAAGAUCGUUAAAGGAAUUCUAAAUAAAUAAUUUAUGAUUACAUAUUUAAAUGGAUUAAGUACAGGUCUAGGGACUUAUAAUCUAUAUUAUUUUGACUACUCUCUCGAUCAGUUCUUAAUGAUUGUUAGGUAUGUCUCUCGCAUGACUCUGUACCUUAUAAAGGCUCUAUCACAAUACAGUAACAGAACGGAUGUUUAACUUAUACUAGAGCGCCCAAAAAGUGCACGCACACAUACACAAGAUUUAUACGGUCGCCAAGCAAUCUUGGGAAGACAAAACAAUUGAGUACCACACCGUACGCCGCUGAGACUGGUUGCUGUCCGAGUUAAAUUAGCUACGCCGCGUCGUCCGCGUCGUCAAUAUUUUGUGUACCAACCCUAGCACUCCGCCCAGACGUAGGUAUAAAUUUCAAGGAGACCGUUGAGUUACACUACUGUUGUUUUAUCUAUCACCUAAACUCCAGAAACCUACUCAAUAAUUUCAUUUCGGGUAUAAAAUAAGCCAAAACAUACCAGUCAGCUGAUUUCAAAAUGAAAGACUAAAUUCGCAUUAUUGUAAUCGUGACCUCAAGCUUGUAUUUUCAUGAAUACGUAUGGUAUGAUACUGUAGUAUGACAAAACAUUUUGCUGGUUUUGAUUGGGACCGUGCCAAUAUCUCUAUUAAUAAGUAUUUAUAUUUAUUUUACAUCUGCGGUGAAUUGGUAAAAAUAUAAGGAGAAGGUUAUUAUGUCGUUUUUUUUUGUAGAAUAAGAGGCCAAACAAGCGUACGGGUUACCUGUUAUUAAGUGAUCACCCCCGCUACAAUCUCUUGCAACACCAGAGGAAUCACGGGAGCGUUGCCGGCCUUUAAGGAAGGCUUACGCGCUUUUUUGAAGGUACCCAUGUCGUAGUUUUAUAUUUGUUGCUUAUGAACUGAUUUGGAUAUUUUUGUUUCAAAAAUAAUUUAAAGUCUGUAUCGUUUUGUAUUUAUUGAAUAAACACAUUUUUUUGUAAUAAAUAUAAUAAUAGACUCAUACUAAGUCAACUUACUAAUAUUAUCUGUAAAUAUACUAUGUAUUGCUCAACUACACCUAUAUAAUAGGUAUAUAUUAGAAUUGUUAAGAUUGUUUUCAUACUUUGUAAUAAAAUACAAUAAACUGUU